GGGACAGUGGUAACAUUUCCGUUGACGGAUUUAAAUGUUUGGUACAUCUCCUCCUCCUCCUCCUCGAAGGGGACCUAGAGACGCUUUGUGGUCGUUAGGCUUGUUACUACAGGGCUUAUUUCAGUUUUAGGGAUGGUAUUCGUUAAAGAGAAGAAGCGGUGAUGGUCCGAUAUAAAGUAAGAACACUUUGAAAGCUUAGUUUCGUGUUUGGUGUCUCUUCUGUCAACUUAGUCAUGUCCUCGGCUCAGGAAGAGACUCUUUCUCCCGACGAGCUGAGGAAAAGACUCUAUCAGACUUUUAAGAAUAAAGGUGUUCUGGAUACCCUUAAGGUAAGUCUUGCUUAUAUCGUAGGGUUAUACAGCACAUUAGAAAGAGAUUGGCUGUUUUAUUUCCUGUUGUUUUCCUCUCUUGAUCUGCUUCAGACCCAGCUGAGGAAUCAGCUCAUACAGGAGUUAAAACACCCACCUUUGACAGGAGCAGAGCCUGUCCCCAGACCAGUACCGGUCAAAUCUGAGCCCAUUUUGGCUUCAAUCUGCAACAGUGUAGUGGCUGAUCAUCUCUGCAUAUUUGGAUAUGAGUACACCCUUUCUGUUUUCUACUCUGAGAGUGGACUGUGCAAAGACAAGGUAACAUGACUCUGUGGUUUAUAUCUAUUGUUGCUUUAUUUUUUUAAAACAUUAUUGCCAAAUAAGGUGUAAGGAUGCCUAGCCCAGGUUCACACUUGAAAGAAUGGAGGGUCCACUUUGACAAGCUUUACUGAUCGCAGAUCUGGGUUACAGCUUCAUCAUGCCACAAGUGUAACAAAGACUGGUCUGAGACUGUUCAAGUAUAUAUAGUCAUCCACAUUUCCAAGCAUUCUGCUGGCAUUUAGUUGACAUGAAGAAGAGUCCAUGUAGGGUGAGAACAAAGGACAAAAUAUUUUAAGGAGCCUUAGGUAAACAUAUGGAGAGCCCAUAUAAGGGAAUACCAUAGCGUAACAUAUUUUGGGAACCUGAGUGAUGUCAAAAAUAUGUACAAGGUUUUUUGUUGAGGAUGGUUGUCAGAGGCCCCCUGGCCCCCGGCUCCAGCAAUCUAAUACCAACGUAUCCAUGGUGUCUGAGUUGCAUGGCUCCACCGCCAUAAAGGCUGAUGGGUUUGGCUAAAGAAAAUUCUCCUAACAUAAGGAUUUUGGUAUUUUACCACUUUUGCAGGUUUCCCCAACAGGAGAACUUCUUCACCUCCUGAGAAUAAAUCCUGAUUCUGCUCUUUACAGAUCUCUGGUAGGGACUGAUAUGAUUAAGUUGGUUCAAAAUUGUUAAAACGUAUACAAAUAAUAACUGCAAUAACGGUGUAAUUUGUUUGUAAUGUUUACAGUCUUCAAACAAAGAGAACAACAAUAAAGGUAUGUGCAGCAUUCAGCUCCUUUUUCGUAAAACUGCCUUCUCUUUUAACAGAGCUUGACAUAUUUUUAUUUUCUUUCAGGGUUCUUGAUCAGUCUCCUCUCACAGCUAGCAGACCCUCAUAUCCGCAGCCUGUGUCAUGAUGCUGACACUCAGACAACCAGCAUGGGAACCCAUGGAGAGUCUCUCGGUAGAUUGAAAUAGGUCUUUAGUCAUAUGUACCCCCCAUGUGCCAUUCAGCAAACAUUUUCUAACAUUUUCUUCCUUCUUUUCACAGUUGAGAAAAUGAAAAUGAUUGACAAGGAAUAUGAAAGCGUUGAUUACACUUCGGACAAGUGGUUUUCCUUCCAAUCAAACCUGGCUGCUUAUAGGAGAGAAACUGAGGCACAGAUGCAAGCGGAAAUGAACACCAAGGUGCGUAUCUUUUACGCACUUCAUGUAUUUUAGGAACCUUUGAGGAGGUGUGGGGCACAGCUGCAUGGUUAUGGUUGCUUUGUUAACAUGUGUUUAACAUCUUUUUUCUCUCACUGAAGAUGCAACACUUUAAAGAUGUAGAAAUUGCCAAGGUGAGGAUGGAAGAGAAAGCAGAAUAUCACAAGGAAGUUGAUAAACUGAAGCAAGAGCAGGAGAGAGUGUUUGAAAUGAAGACAAGAGCUCUGAUGGAGCGGGAGAAGAAUGCAAUUGAACGGCUUCAGAAACAACAAGAGGUGAAUCCCUGCUCACAUGUCGCACUCUUUCUUUCUUUUUGACAUAAAAGUCACUAAAGUAUUUUUUAUUGUAGCCAUAAGACUGACUUCAGCACAUACUCCAGUCGUUCAAAUCUAAAAGUGUAACAGAUGUUGAUUCUUUUGUAUUUCUUUGCUCUAUAGAUUGAAGAGAAAAACGCGUACAUGCAGAGACAAUCCGUCCUGAAAGAUAUGGAAACACUGCGAAACAGAGAAAGUGAGCUGAGGAUGAAAAUGGAGGCUUUUGAAAAGUGAGAGCCUCUGUUUCACUAGCUCAGAAAAGUUUCUGUGCUCUCUGUUUGUGACCGCUUUCUUAUAGAGAACUUGACUGUGACUGUGUUCAUGUGAUGGCAGGACUUGUCAAAUCCAUGAGGAGAAAGUCAAGACCACUGAAGAGCUGCUGAGGAGGAGAGAACUGGCAGUGAGGACCAUGGAGGACACGUACGACCAAAGACUGAAGAAUGAUCUGACAAGGUAUUUUCAUAAACCCAUCAUUUCUACACAUGUCCUCACUUUUAAUAGUUCCCUCAGUAUUUCCAUCUUUGAAAGCUAUUGUGUGACAAGAGAAGGCCCCUGUGUGGCAGGUUUAAAGAAGAACGGGUUCAAAUAUGUCCAGUGAACGCUUAAAAUUUUUUGUCAGAAUGAAGUAACAAAGAAUAGUUCUGUUGGUCAGUGAAAUAUAAUGUGUUUUGAAGCUUAUCAAAGUGUCUCAGUAAAAGCUAUUUUUAUGGUAAAUGUGAAAAUCAAACAUAAAAAAUAGCUAAAUUGGUUGUAUAUUGAGACUUAACUCCAAAAAAGUGUAGUUCUUGGUUUUUAUGCUCAUUGCCCAUCUGUUUAGAUUAUUCAUUUGUACUCCUCUCUAAUGAAGGAACAUGAGAAUUUAAAGAUUCUGUGCUGAUAAUGUUUUGAAACUCUGUUCUUGUGUCUGUAUUUAAUCAGGUACCAGCUUGAGUUGAAAGAGGACUUCAACAAGAGAACUGAAAAACUAACCGAGAGUGAGAACAGAAACAGAGGUCAGUGUCUCACUUCAUUCAGUGUCACUCACUGAUUUGCUGUAGCUUUUGCUGUCAGUGUUUUUACCUUCUGGUUUUUAUCUCAGUGGAAACUGCUCGUAUCCAGAAGGAGUCAGCUGUCAUUGACUCCAAACUCGAGGAGCACAGCAGAGCAUGUUCAGAGCUGAGACGGCUGCAGGUAAACAACACAAUCUGUCUUCCAGCAGGGCUCGCUACAUUUCCCUCAGUGGAAAAUGGGCCUAAUAUUUCAGUUACUUAUUUUCAGAGUAACUUUUGAAUAAUUCAGUGUGUGUGUGACCCCCUGUUCUUUCACGUCUCCUCUGUUGUUUCCCAGGCCGAGUUAGACACAGCACAGCAGCAGAUUUCCCUGCGAACGCAACAGAAAGAGUUAUUAGGAGAAAAGCUUGAGAGCAUGAAUGACUACCCCAGCUUGAAAAGAGAGAGAGCAGAGCUGCAGGGUCAGCUGCGACUCCUCAAGAAGCAGCUCGAGGAAGCCCAAGAGGAGAACCGCUUUCUCCAUGCAGGUGAGGAUUUGUUCUCAGUUCCCAUGUCAGCUCAGUUUGGAUGGGAUGAUCCAUUUCUGGGAGUUUAUGCUCAUAAAUAUCAACCUGAAAAAUCCGCACACUGUAAUACUUUUAUUCUUUAUCGCUGAGAUAAACCAAAUUCCCUCGUGACAUUCAGAGUGUGAGCUCAUUGUGAGCUGUUGGAGAUGCAGUCUACUGUGAAGCAUUCCUGUUAGUCUGUCCCACUGCUUCUGGCUCCUCUCAGUCUUUUUGAAUGUGUCUUGCCUGCCAAUGUGGGGCCUCUGCGCUGUGUCUGUAGCCCUGCAGACAACACUCUCUAAAAGAGAACCAGUGAGAAAAAAGAGGAUGAGAGGGAAGGAAAGCAGAGAGCACAGUGAGCAGAGACAGAGGGCUCCCAUUUGCCCAUGGCACAGAACCAAAGUCUUACCUCUCCCUCUGAGGGAUUCAGGAUUCUUCCUGUUUAAGGGUGAGAAGGGGCUUCUCUCUCCUCACUCCUAACAAAGAUGGUGUUAAACUUCACGUGAUGUACUGUCAUUCUGGUCAAAUCCAUUCAGCUAUAAGCCAUGAACUGUUAAUUAAACCCUGAAUUAGAAGGCCUCCAGUGAUGGACACCAAGCUUGAAAAAAAAGUUGCACUUUGAGUUUCAUGUUUUGACUUUUAUAACCUGUCUCUCAGAUUUGGGCAAGCCGUCCAAAGAGCAGCUGGCUUUGCAGAUGGAGCUCCGGAGGCUGCAGAGCGCCCGCAGACUGGAUGAGGAAGAGUUUGACAACCAGAAACAGGUGCUGCAGGCACAGCUCCAGAGUGAGGUCAGAAAUACUGCUGCUUCUCACAGAGCGUGGGAAACUAUGUGGUCAGCUUCUUUUCAUACGCUUUUGUCUCACCUUAGGGAGUUUCUGGGGCUUUUCCUUUAAAUCCAUGUUCCCCUUGACCUAUACUCUUCAUGUAUGUUGCACAGAUAUCCCAUUUCCUGCAAUCGCACUAUAACUCCCAGGGUUACGUCCUGUCUUCUGCAGGUGGAGCGGAGUGCUCAGCUCAAGGCUCAGCUGACACAGAGUGAGGAAAAAGCACAGUGGAUGAGUAACCAUAUUGAGGAUAUUAAGAUGCAGCUUCGUCAGACUCAGCAAGGUACUUUGUUACUGUGCAUGCAUGUCAGGCAUGGCUUACUCCGAUUAGUCACUCUAGAUUGUAGAGGUUUGUAUGCAGUUAUGUAUGCUGUAAUUAAUCAUACAUAACAUUUGUAGUGACCUUUAUUUCAACUUUUCAUCCACUGGCUUCCUUGCCUGUGUCAUUUUAGUUUAUUUCCCAUUUAACUCGAAUAAAAUUAAAAUUUUAGGACUCUUGCCUGCAUUCAGUAUUUUUGCAAAACAAAAAAGAGAGCCAUGUAAUAGUAGAAGCACCUCAACAUUAGGGGUGGGAGAAAAAAUCGAUAUAGCAUAGUAUUGUGAUAUUUUGUCUGGUGAUAAAUCGUAUCGUCUCAUUUACCAAGUAUCGAUUUUUCAAAUGAAUUGUUAGUAUGAAGUCAAAUCUGUGAUAGUGGAAAACUAAAAUCAACUGGUUAUGCAGUGAGGUUGGCACGGGUGACGUCAUAGAGCAGGAGAAAGUUAGUAUAACAAAUAUAUAUAUAUAAGGUUUGCAAGAUGUGCCACAUGAAAAUAAAAUUCAGCAUAACUAAUACAAACAUUAAAGAAAUAUUCCAGCCUAAAAUUAAGUUAGGGUCAAACACACCGAAAUACUGAGUUAGACAACCUGUCGAGAGAUGAAUGUUGCCGACUGCUUGCUUCUCUAGUUAUACCAACUUUAUUAAGGGCCGCAAGAUAGCAAUACAUAGCGGUCCCAGGAGCCACACGCUCAACCAAAACGCCACUCAGUAGCCACAAAUAAUGCUCAAUAUGGGGUCCCAGCCAUAGUACUAGCUACCAAACAUCUUUUUAGCUUGGCCUGGUUUCUUUAGCAAAGAGACUAAACACAACUCACCUACUCUCUUCCAGCAGCCACUUGUUCGUACGAAGACCUUGGGCCAGUCCAUUUCAGACUGCUGCGGGGUGACGCAGCUCAAGGAAGAACAUUUAUGAUCAUUUUUUCAUGGAAAUGCAAUCAGACCAAGACGCUUAAGCAGAACAACUACCGCGUCUGCAGUGCAAAAUGAUUCAUAUGAUGAUCAUUACUUAAAGUAAAUGAUAAAGUAAUGAUCAUAAAUGUUCUUCCUUGAGCUGCGUCACCCCACUGUGGUAAUGGACUCGCCUGAGGUCUCCGUACUAACAAGCGGCUGCCGGGAGAGAGACGUUGAUUGGGUUUAGUCUCUCUGCUUGAGAAAUCAGACAAAGUUAAAAUGAUGUUUGGUGGCUAGUACUACGGCUGGGAGCCUAUAUGUACUGUUGAUGAAGUUAGGUGCUGUUCUGAGCAUCAUUUGUGGCUAUAGAGUGGCGUUUUGGUUGAGUGCAUGGCUCUCUGUAUUGCUAUCUUGUGGUCGUGAUUAAAGUUGGUAUAACUAGGGAAGCAAGCGGUCAGCAACAUUCAUCUCUUGAUGGGUGUCUAACUUGGUGUUACAGUGUGUUUGACCCUAACAUUAAUUUACACCGGAAUAUCCCUUUAAGGAAAGACAAAUGUGAAAUUAGCGAAACAGUUGAAAAAAUUGUAUAAAUUGCAAUAUACUUUAUCGCAAUACUCACUGUAUUGCAAAAUGUUAAUUCCCACCCCUACUCAACAUGUGAAUGUAUGUGCAGAGUUGUUAAAGAUUAGUAGCAGCAAACUUCUCUCCCUGAUCUGUAGUCUUUAUUGGUGGUUGUUCUUCAGUAUUAGUGUUCAACUUUCCCUUUCUUUGCCUUUCCUUUCUUCCUCAUUCCUGUCCACGAUGGCAGCUCUUGAAAAUGAAGUGCUGCGUAACCCGAAGCCGUCCCUUGUGGACCGCUCUGUGCUCGAUCUCAGCUCUGACAAGCUGGUCCCCCCUGACAUCUAUGUGGACAGAACUCUGCUGAAGUCCAGAGCGGGUUAUGAUAGUCUUUAUGAAGCAGGUGCUCGGGGACGCAAGAUGCCUCGAAGCGACUCCCCAGACUCGGACAUGGGUGUGGUGGCUGAGGCCAAGGCUCGCAUCCAGGAGCUGCAGAAAGAGGCUGACAUCUUGGAGGAAGCCUACAGGAGCUACCAGCAGAGGGCAGUACACUCCAGUGUCUCACAUAUGCUCCCCUUUAGAGCUCUCUCCCCUUCACAUCGCCCUGACCCUCUAAAAAAACAAAUCUCUCGCCACUCACACACCCACACACCGCACAAGUCAAAGGUCAAACACAGACCACUAUCACCACAAGCUACCAGAACCCCCUCCCCGCUACUCUUUAACACCAGUAACACUAUACCUACCGCACAACCGCAAGUGACCUUUUCAGAAGACCAAAACCAACCCCAGUCCCCAGUUUUCCCUGACCACAGUCUCCAUUCAUUGACUGAGCCCCCGUCUCUGAGAGGGGAACCUCCUCAGGAUGGAAGCAGCUCUCCUUCCAGACGUCUCUCCUCCACACCGCGAUCAUCCUCCAGGAAAAAGCCUUACAAAGAGACCCCUGAAGGUACCCCCUAAUAAUGAUUUACGCAGUGAAAGCACUUCAGAGGGUUGGAUUCAACUUCCUCUGUGUUUCCAAAAAAUAAACAAGAAAGUUAUUUGUAUGUUUGCAGCAAAUUUAACUCUAACUGUGCAUUUUUACUUAUGUUCAGUCUGUCUACACUCUUAUAAGUUAGUCUUUUAGAUUGUAAUCUUCCUCCCAAAAGAGUUUCGCCUAACAUAAAGUCUCUUCCUGGUAAAAGCAGUUGCAUCUGCGAUGGCGUUCCCAGAGCCAUCGUCUGACAGACAGCCCCUCCAUGCCCCCCAUGACAGGGUCAUGACCUCAGGUGACUUCUCCUCCGAGCUCAGUCCGCCUCGCAGUCCUCAGCUCAAGAGCACAGCGCGAGACCAGACCAGGUACCAUCUGGCACUGCUUCGGCAAGGACAUGGCAUCAUUUGAAUACACUCUUACAUAGGGAUGAUGAAUACUAACAUCCUCAUGUUUGACUCCGUCUCAGUCCACCUGAGCUGCAGCCCAUCGUGUCCAGUUUGGAGUCUUCCCCCCAGCCAGAGAAAAUAAGCCUUGAAGAUCUCACGGGGGACUUGACAGGUACUCUAGACAAGUAGAAGUUUUUUUUUUUUCCUGGCACUGUAAAAACAACAAAGUCAAAGGCAUGUAAAGUGCUCUUUAUAGUUCUGUUUUUACAGUCUAGAAGACAUGGAUUAGAGACAACAAACUCUCGUGUCAUCGCUUUCAAAAGCACAGUUGAAAGGUUUUCCUGCCAAACCUGAAUCUUUCCUUGUACCCUUUAGAUGAACAGCCAUAUGUUAGAGAAGACACCUAUGACUCUUUUGCAUGUCUUCAGUGUUUCCACAUGACUAAAAAGUGUGCAGUGUAAUUCAUUCAUUCAUUCAGCGUUAUGAAUAUUUUCAAACUCAGUCAUUGCAUGCUCUCUCCGUUUUUUUUCCAGUUUCAAUUGUCAUGUAAUCAAAAUCCCUGCACGGUACAAACUGAGUAUAUCCGGUUUGGAGGUUUUGGAUUUGAGAAUGGCUGUUUUUUAAUGAGUGUGUGACCGGCCUCCAAAGUGUCCUUUCAGUGGCCCUGCACAAUGGUGAAGAUGAAGGGCAGCUGAUUAUGUAUUCUGUGCCGGUCCUCUGGCCCUGUUGCAUUAUGGCGAGGAAUAAAAGAUCUCUUUGUGCGCGUCUUCCCUCCAGAGCCCGGCCACAUUCCAGAGCUUCUCCCGGACACUGUCGUCCCUCUCUCCGAGGAGGCCCCUGACGGCCCCGCUGUCCCCCGCCCACAGGACCUCCCAGAAGACCCCAAAGACUCUCAGGGCCAAGGGGGUGAGUCGUUAGUUCCCCCCUUGUUACCGAUGCUUUAUCAUGGUCAAAUGACAAGAAUAGAGCCCCUUUCCCGUACAGUCUGGCUGUGACAAUCUCUAAUUUUACACUCACAUUGCAGCUGCUCUGAGGUUCACUGCUUCUGAAAACAAAAACAAAUUGACAUGUAAAUCCAUGCUUUAUUAGGAGUCCAGCAAACCUCGGUUGAACCAGCAGGGGAAAAAGGCGAGGAGGAUGAGGAGCAGAGGUGGGAGAGAGAGCGGAAGGAGAGACAAGAGAGGAGGCAAAGGGAGCAAGAGGAAGCCAGAGAGAGGGAGCUGCAAGAGCUUGAAAGACUGGAGAAAGAGACGGUGAUGAUUAUCCUGAUAUCUGACAUAUGCACCUACCUAUCUGUGUCUGAUGAGACGGAUGAUGAUGACUGAAUCUUUCUAACAGCUCUUGGAAGAGGUGGAGCAAACAGGUGAGAAAGAAGGAGAGGAAAAAGAGGAAGCAAGUGUCGUGAAAACAGAAGAUGAAGAGCAGAGGCGAGAUGCAGAUGAUGAAGAGGGGGAGAAAUCCAAAAGCGAAAAUCCACUGGAGAAAUAUAUGAAGAUGGUUCUGGAAGCAAGAGAGAAGCAGCGCCCGCAGGUGAGUCAGCGCGCAUUUGUCUGAGACUCCUGAAGAGCUUUACUUCUCUUGUAGUCACACCGGCUUGUGUCUUAAACUGAUUUAUUUUUAGAGCCCAGGAGGAGAUGAAACAGGACACUCCACUCCAGAGGCCAAGAGUUUGUCUGAGGCAAAGGAUGACAGGUAACAUGUAACAGCUGAUUUGUACACAACACACAUAAUACAUGCUGACUCAUUCAUCAAAUGGAGUCUUGUUAAAAAGUUGUGGCAUGACUGUAGGAAAGUUUAAUAACUCCACAAGCCUCAAUAAUCCUCUUCCCAAAACAUUUAAUUUCUCGUAGUUUCUCAUCUCCCGGCCUUCAUGUUGUUUUUCCUGAAAUGAUGUUGUCUUAAGGAUGAGAUAACUCAGAAAUACUUUCCUAUUCUAGUGCAGCUUAUUUUCUGUCCUUGAGGCUUUACCUGAUUAACGUUAUUUUGUUUUCCCAGCAUCGCAGCUUACUCGCACAAGGAUGAAGAUGAUGAUUUCUGGUGAGCCGCUUCUGCUGAUGAAUUUCCCAUAGCUGUGUGAGUUUGGUUCAGUUCCAUGAAUUGUGAAGCAUUAAUUGUAAAUUUAUUUGUGUAUGGAUAUUUGAUAGUUAUUUUUUUAAUCAAAUCUGACUAUUUGAAUAAACUCUGUUGGAUUCUUUGUUAUUAGAUGGUAUGGCAAAAAGCAAAAAUGACCAAACGUUAAUAAAGAAAGAGCAAAACAUACAGAAGUUUGUUUCAUUUCUUUAUUUUCAUAAAAACAGUCAACAGGCCGGUUGAAUAAUGUCACAAAGGGGGUUUCCAGUCAGACAGGAUGCUAGAUUGUUGUCCUCCUGGUGAUUAUUAGGUAGCUUUUACUCUUUGUUUAUUUUUUGGUUCAUUCAACAAAAACCUCCUUUGUCAAAGAUCGGAUCGCUCCUCAUGACUACGAUGCAGGAUUUGUACCACAACAUUUCCCAGAUAUUGUAUUAAACACCACAAAUGGCAUUCAUACUUUGGCUAAGUUUACCACUUAGAUUGCUUUUUUUCUUAAAAAUGGUGUUGCAGCUUAUGUUAUAUGAGAGUUAAAUUAAAAGUUAGGAAUCAGUAUUGUAAGAGGAAGCCCUUGACAUUCAAAAUAGAAAAUACUGGCUUACUAUCAGGCAACAAAACAAUAUCAGACUCUGAUCGCUCUGACUUGAAUAAAAGAACUAGAAACACCUAAAACUACAGAGCUAAACAAAAGAGAUUAAUCUUAAAUGCAGUUAGAAAAAGAAGGAAACAGGCAAACACUGCCUACUACUGAUGCCAGUAUACACAACUGAACAUCACGUUUGUCACUGCGAAAACAGUUGUCUUCACGCCACAAAGAAACAUCAAG